GUCAGAGUUUGUACAAUUCUUUUUCAAGACAUCAUCCUGACUGAUAGAUUUCUGGUUCUACAAUCAAAUUCAUUCCACUUGAUCCUGACUCAAAUCCUAUCAUGGAUUCACCCAAAAAACUCACAGAGAACUGUCCUCCAGGAUCUCCAUUAGAUCAAAUCUCUCCUGAACGUGCCAAUCAACAAAAACAAUGGGAUCUACCGACAUCUCCUACCGCCACAGAGAAGGGUUCGAAGUCGAGUAAACAUUCAAGAGAUAGUUCAGUCAACGAGAAGAUUGCUCAAUUCAAUUCUCUGGCUUAUCAAGGGAAACAGUUGGAAAGAAAGGCAAAUGAUGCGGCUUUGAAGCGCGCCAUGGUUGGGAGAGAAGAGGCGGAGAGUGAAAUGCGCAGAUAUAGGGAUGAGGCUAGGAUUUUAAGGAGACAAGUCGAGGAAGGAAAAGAACGAGAAAGAAAGGUCGGAGAAAGACUUGAAAGUGUCAUGGAAAAUUAUGGUCGAGCCAAGGAAACACAUUCGCAUACACAGGCAUUAUGGGAAAAGGAAAUUCGAAGAGCUCGAAAGGAGGGUUUCAAAUCACAAUCCGUCGUUGUCAAAUUACAAGAAGAACUCAAAUCUUCAAGGGAUACGUUAAGGAUGGUUCAAGGUGGUUUGGAACAAGAAAAAGCAAGAAGUGUGAAGAGGGAACAAGAAGCAUUUACAGCAAAAUAUCAGCUCGUUGAAGUGCAAGAAAAGUUGACAAGACUACAAGAGAAGAUUCAGUUGGUUGAACAGGAGAGGGAUGCAUUCAAGACGAUCGCCAAGAACGAAGAAAUCGCCAGAAUUGCAGCAGAAGGACAUAUACCAUUACCGCAAUCUACCAAGGACGAAUUUCCAUCACCAAAGAAUGAUCGAAAAUCCAUAGAUGCUAUGGCAUUGGCAUCUGGCGCUGGUCAGGAGGAGCUUGAUGAGCUUAGGCGCAAAUUGGAUUGGGAAAUUCAAAGAGCAAACCGAGCCCUUGAUCAAGUCGAAUUUUUGGAGAUGGAAUCUAGCAUACAUGUAUGCGAACCAAAAUCCAACAAAAGAAAGUCAACCGAUACACAAGAACAUCGUGACGAGUCUACAAGACAAUCCAAAACUCAAAAAACAAAUACAGUCUUCGUACCAUCUGAAGGUAUCUUCAAAUCUGUGCCUGAAGAAACCGCAGCAGAACCAGUCGAGAAUACAUCCUUGGACACCAAAAUGCAAUUCGAACAAACACCGGAAACUUCUACUCAACAACGAAGAGAAGUAACCCCGUCACACGAUCCACCAACUGCGGCUCUCAUUUCCGAUACCAAUACUUCUUUACUCUCUAUCUUUGAUGAAGCAACCAGUCCAAAAGCCACCAGAUCACGUCAAAGUCCGAUCAAUUUCCCUGAAAAUGAAGUCAGAGGCGAAACUGAUCCUGAAGAUCUAAGCGGUUCCACUUCAACCACAAUUCAUCACCCCCAAAUCCAUCGACAUGAAGAUCGCGAACAUGACCACGAACAUGACCACGAACAUGACCACGAACCUACUUUUCACACAGUGUCAACCACAACCCGUAUUCCACUUGCUUCUCCCUCAGAAGAACAAAAAAUCGAAUUCGCACCAAGUACACCAAAAUCCCUCACUCUCCCAAAUGGUACAAUCGAUCCAGCUUUGACAGCAACAGUAUCAAGAGAAGAAGCAUUGGCUAUGAUUAGAGAAAGAAGAGGUAGAGCUAGAAGUUUGGCAGAAGGCAAGAUGACUCCGAGAAAGCAGAUGGUAGAGGGUGGAUCGAGGAGAGAUAUAAGUGCACCAGCUGCUACUGGAACACCAGUUAGGGGACGAAGCCAAGGGAGAUCUUAGUAGGUCAAGGGAUGUGGGUAGGAAAGAUAAGAUGUUUAGAUUCAGGUAGAAUGACUAGGGUUUGGGCUCUGGAGGGUGUUUAAAUUUUCUGGUAAUAUCUUGGGAUGGAAUGGGUGGACAGUACAUUGUGAAGCACGGAGCAAGGGCGUUGGAGUUCAAAUAGUUAUAUAUCCAUCCGUCCUCUUAGCACCGGAGUUCUUGUCUUUUGUCUUUGGAAAGGAGAGGGCUCGGCAUGUGCUGGCUGGAUUUGGGGUGGGUUUAUGAUUUAUGAAUGGUUUGGGUUGGGUUGGGUCACUCUCUAAGAAUAUCCGUUUCAUUUCUUUUGUUGGGUGGUUUUUUUUUUGUGUUUGGAAGUUGGAGGGGGGGUGGAGGGGAGGUGGAUGGAAAGGGUAGUUUUGAUGGUCAGAUAUCAGGGUAGCAGAGUAUUGUGUGGUACAUUAUGAGUGUGAGAGUAUUCCACCGUAAAUAACUAAGUAAAUAGAUCAAAGGAUAGUAUAUCAUGAAUUCUUCUCGAUUGUA